GUCACUACCAGGGCUUGACAAUGACUCCAUUCGUACCUUGUCAAUGGAGCAUUAUUAAUUAGUAUUGCCCGGGCCGAGAGUGUAGAAUAAAAGUCGAUACCUGUGACUCGACCUUGACAGGUUUCUACCAGCUGUUCCAAAUAACUAUUUCUUCUCCCAUCUUCUUGCAAAUACUGUACUUGGUUUCUCUUUCGUCAAGUUCGCCCAUCAUGCCUUGCAUGCUCAUUGAUCCAACUCAAAAGUACAGACCAUACGUACCACUCGUCCUCGACAAUCGUCAAUGGCCAACCAAGACAUUCACCAAAGCUCCUAUAUGGCUUUCCACAGAUCUUCGUGACGGAAACCAGGCCUUGGCAUGCCCAAUGACGGCAGAUCAAAAACUGACCUUCUUUCGUUUGUUGGUUAAAUGCGGAUUCAAGGAAAUCGAAAUCGCCUACCCUUCCGCUAGCGACACCGAUUUCUCAUUCGUUCGAUAUUUGAUCGAAAAUAAUGAGAUUCCCGAUGAUGUAUGGAUUCAGGUUCUGACUCCAGCUCGCGAUGAUCUCAUCCGAAGAUCAUUCGAAGCUGUCGCUGGUGCAAAGCAUGUCAUCAUGCACAUGUAUAACGCCCUUUGUCCUAUGUUCCGAGAGGUCGUCUUCCGUAACUCGAAGGAACAGACAGUUGAACUGGCCUCCAGACAUUCCAAACUCAUCAGCGAGCUUGCUGAUCAAUAUUCCGCAUCACACGGCAUGAAAUUCCGUUAUGAAUACAGCCCGGAGACAUUCACCCAGACAGAAUUGGAGUUUUCUCUCCAAGUUUGUGAGGCUGUCAAGACCGCAUGGGGCAAGGCUGGGCCAGGCAUUGACCGCAUCAUCUUCAACCUUCCUGCCACUGUUGAAAUCGCUCCUCCUAACCACUAUGCUGAUCAGAUCGAAUACUUUGCCGCUCAUAUAUCUGAGCGAGAAAACAUCAUCAUCAGUUUGCACCCGCAUAAUGACAGAGGCACUGCUAUCGCUGCCGCGGAGCUUGCAGUCCUUGGUGGCGCUGAUAGAGUGGAGGGCUGUUUGUUUGGUAAUGGGGAACGUACAGGAAAUGUCGACCUCGUGACCCUAGCGUUGAACUUAUACACACAAGGAAUCACCCCCAACCUCGACUUCAGCGACAUCCAGAAAGUCAUUGACAUUGUGACCUCCUGUAAUGACCUCCCUGUACACCCAAGACACCCUUACGCUGGCGAGCUCGUCUUCACGGCCUUCUCUGGUUCGCACCAGGACGCCAUCAAGAAAGGUUUCGAAGCACAGGGUAUUCGUCACAAAAAGAAUUAUAUGCCCCUGGACCCCGCCGACCUUGGAUGCAGUUACGAAGCUGUCAUUCGUGUCAACGCGCAGUCCGGAAAGGGAGGCAUCGCGUACCUCGUCAAGCAACACCUGCAACUCGACCUUCCACGCAAUAUGCAGGUCGCAUUCUACAAGGUCAUUCAGCAAAUAUCCGACCGCGACGCACGCGAAAUCACCGUCGAAGACCUCACCACGGCGUUCCGCGAGACUUACCACUUCGGUGGAUCGAAGUAUGAAGGUAGACUGGCGCUCAAGUCAUUCCGUAUUACGGCUGAGCCAUCACCUGAUCCCACUCACGACGGUGAACCUUUCGACGAACGUCGUCGCUUUGAUGGUACUAUGUUGGUGGAUGGCGUGUUGCGUGUCAUUCGUGGGGAUGGCAAUGGUCCCAUCUCUGCUCUUCUUGAUGCUCUGCGCACUCAUUUGGAGAUCGACAUGACUCUCCGCGGGUACACGGAGCACGCAGUUGGUGAGGGAGAAACCUCCAAGGCAGCCUCGUACAUAGAACUCGUUGCUACCACCGACGACGUCAAGGAAACUCGCCAAGCAUCCGAGUCAUGGUGGGGUGUUGGACUCGACUCUGACAUUGCCGCUUCCAGUUUGCAUGCCGUGUUGAGUGCAGUCAACGCUGCCAUUGGCGAUCGUAUAUUGCCUGAGCUGAAGCUCAGUGUCGGCUUCAACGCCACCUGUGGCCAAUCGGACGUCUCGGACGCUAUCGUCAAUACUCUGGGUUUGACGCUCCCUCGCAGAUUGCAAACUUCCUUUUUCGAAGUCGUGCAGCGCGCUGUGCGCGAGUCAGAUGACAAAAUCUCGUAUGAAGACCUUACCCGUCUCUUCCGGGAGACAUACGGCUACGAGAUCGAAAACAAGGGCAGAUUUUCUCUGGGUGACUUCUGUUUCGAGCGGGUCGAAGGCGGAGGCCCCCGGUUCAAGGGUGAUAUGGAGAUCGAUGGCGUGGUGUGCAAGGUUGUUGGUGAGGGCAACGGUCCUUUGUCCGCAGCCCUCGCUGCGUUGCACUCACAAGUUGAGGGCACUCUUGUCUGCCGGGAGUAUUCGGAGCACUCUGUGGGAGAGGGUUCAGACGUGAAGGCUGUCUCCUUCGUUGAGCUCCUGUAUGAGCUGCCAGGAAGGGUCAAAAAAGAAGCUGCUUGGGGAUUGGGCAGCGACACCGACAUCACUGUAUCUGGCAUCAGGGCUGCGUUGAGAGCGGCGAGCAGGCUGGAUGUAGUUGCGAAAAAGGCAUAAGCUGGUAUUGAGCACGAAGAGGAUAUUUACAUAAAUAACGAUGUAUUACCUGGAUGUAUAAUAUCAGACUUGGAUGACUCGUCACUCCAUGCAAUUUCAUAGUUUCAUGCUGA